UCCAAGUCGUUAGUAACUUCCAGAAACUUCCUACUCCAAUGGACCCCGAAACCCAACCGGCAAAUUCCACUCCCUUCGCCGCCGGCGAUGAUUCUGACGGUCACAACGAAGAGAAGCGGCGAAAACUUUGCUUUAACUGUAACAGACCAAUAAAAGUGUGUUUAUGCAGCAUAAUUCCACCGGAACCAAUCGCAACUAUUACUCGAAUCGUAAUCCUUCACCAUCCUCACGAGCAACGGCACAAGCUCGCCACGGUCCCUGUUCUAUCCAAGUGCCUCCGCAAAUGCGACGUUAUAGUUGGCCGGAGAUUACGCUACGGCGAUUCAGAAAUUCUCGAUUCUCUUCACGAUGUUGCUAUUCGUAACCCUAAUUUUCCGCACAGAGCAAUUUAUCUGUUUCCUGGUGCUGAUACAUCACCAUCUCAGGAAAUCAAUCAUUGGAAAUCCUCUAAACAUACUGUAGAGAUGAUCAACUACGUCUUGAUUGCUUUUGAUGGAACUUGGAAGCAUGCUCGAGAGAUGAUGCGUGCAAGCUUAUCAUUUUUGUCAAAGUUUGCUGUCCAGGUUCACUUAGACUAUGAUGUAGGCAAUGACGGCAGGACGAUCUUCAAUUCUGAUUUAAUUCUUAGGAAGGAACCAUUUAGCGGGUGCAUGAGUACCAUGGAGGCAGUAGCACAUUGCUUACGGAUUCUUGAGCCUAAUGGCAUUGAUGUAGAGUCAAGUUUGAUAGAGGUUUUAAGAAGUAUGGUCAAGUUUCAGGCUUCUUUUCUCAAGCCUAUGAAGCCUAGGCCAAAGUUGAUAAAGGGAGGACGAGAGGGAAAAACAUAAUUGCUUUGUUCCAUUUUCUUUGUACUUCUGAAGCAACAUGCACAAGGAUAGCCUCAAAUUCUGUUUUGGAUUGCACAUGCCGGACUGCUCAAGGCUAUCCAGCCUGUACCUGGUAUCCCGAUUGAGCAAAAGGCGUGGCCAUGAGGUGCUUUGAUGAGGUUAUCCAAAUUCUUCAGUUGCAGAAAACCUUGCCAGACGGUGUUUUGAUUGGUUGGGGUAUAUGGCAGUAACCUGCUUAUGCGGCAGUUGUCUCGCAUUCUGCUUUUCUCCGGCCUCAAUGGCAUCUUGUUUCAGGUAGUUGGCUGAUGAUCUUCAAUUCGGACAUGGCCAGCACAAGAACAAUGGGGCCAAGUUCGAAUAAAAGAACCAAAGUGCAAUUCCUAAUGUCAAAUCUUGAAGCCUUGGCUUCAUCUGCUUCAAAGAGGGCAAAGAGGAUGUCUAAAAGAUUAAUGAGACUGAAUGUCUUAACAUGAAGUUUACUUUAAGAAGUUUGUUCUGUCUUAGUGGUGGUGGUGUAAUUAUCAUUUAAUCGUUUGCUUCAAUUCAUGGCGAUUAAUCUUAACUCUUUAAGCAGUUGCAGCCAGUGGCGACAUUUGCCCGUUCGCGUUAAUGUUGCCUUGGCACUCUCCUGUCAGCGUAAAAGCACCCUCUAUCCACUUGGAGUGCUAGUCACAAAUUGAUACUUUAUUUAACAAUGAAUAAGUAAGAAAUUAUUAUAUAAAA